AUGCUGGCUUGUGUAUUUAGGACAUUCUCCUCUAAAAGGUCACAACUAGGCCUCUGGCAUGCUAAAGACGUUCGUAGCGGCUUCACUUAUUCAUUUUCCCACGAAAAGACCAAGCGCACUAUCAAGCCAAAUGUUUUCGACAAAUCCUUAUGGAGCAACAUUCUUAAAAGACAUCUCACAAUUAGCGUUUCCAGCACUGCAUGGAAAAAGAUUAAGUUUGCAGGAGGCCUUGACAAUUAUAUUUUAAAAACUGAUCCUAAGCUGGUUAGGUCGAAGUUUGGGGAAACACUCAAGACUUAUCUGCAGAAAAAGCUUGAAGAUCCUAAUUGGCAAGUUCCUUAUAUCAAAGGGUCGAGACAAGCCAGAAAAACAAAGCUUGACAAGGAUAAAUUCCAAAGCGCCAAUAUGUGGUACCCAAUUGAAACAAGAUAUGUUGAUCACAGUGAAGAAUUUUUCGAUAGGUAUCAGCCAAAUCCACCACCAAGGCCUGAAAUUGCAGAUGAUGACAGAGAAGAAGUCCCUGACGCUGGAGCACAAACAUUUGACAUUGGACCUGUAAGACAAAAGAAAAAGAAAGGAGAAAGUGAACUAGAAAAAUUAAUAAAGACUGAGAUGAGUGAAAACUUGAAAGAACAGGAAGAAGACACUACAGUUCAUGAAAAAUCAAAGACGGCUAAGAUCAGAAGGGUUAAAUCUAAAGGAAAUAAAGAAGUUGCAGUGGAAUUGAGUAAAAAUGAAAGGAAAGAAAAGGAGUAUCAAGAGAAGAGGGAGCUGAAAGCGAAGAGAGAAAAAGAAAGAGAAAAAGAACUUGAAAAGAAGGAAAGGGAGCAGGCUAAGAAAGCUAGAGAUCAAGAAAACAAAGGAGACAAGCAAUAA